AUGAAGAUGAGAACGUCCCUCUUUUGUGCCCUUCAGGGCCUCGGGGUCGUAGCCCACGAAUCCCUUGCCUACUUCAAAGCUGAUCACUCCAAGGGAGGCCACCGGUAUCUCGACGGAUGUGGAAAGGCUGGCAAGGGUAGUUGGGUUCCCGACCCAGCGACCUUUGUCUUACCGCAGAACGAUUUCAAACCCAGUGACCACUGGGGUCUCUGUGCUGACGGACACGACUGCGCCCCUCACGAGGCGACGGGCAAGGUCUACUUCGACUUCCAGGACGAUGGAUUAGUCUUCAACUUUGAGGGCAUCGAUCACUACAAGUACGAAGACGUCAGCAUCUACGUCGAGCGAGCCCGCCCCCCGCAUGCUCACUCGACCAAGUACAACAAGGACAGCGACCACUGCAAGGCCAAGAACAACUACAAGGAGGUCAAGUGCCAUAUCCCAUACUUCUCUCUGACCGAUGGCGGUUCCUACGACAAGAUGUGCCCCCUCAAGGGUGAGGGUGGCUGGCGCUUCUACAUCAGGAUCAAGGCUACGAUUGUUCACGGCGAUAAGCGAUAUGAGCUUUACAACCGCGAGUCCACCAACGGCGAAAAGUACUUUGCUCUCAGCUACACCUGUGCCAAGUGCAAGCACCACAAGCACGAUCCUAAGAUCGAGCUGAUCAACGCUGCCACCCGCCGCGAUGAGGGCUCCGAGCAUAAGCACCAUGAGUAUAAGCACCAUGACGGCCACCACGAUGGGAGCACCAUGAUCACAAGGAGCACCACCACAAGCAGCAUCAUGAUCAUAAGGAGCACCACGGCCACAAGCAUGGACAUUAUCACAAGGAGCACCAUCACCACAAAGAGCAUCACGACCACAAGCACGGCCACGAUCACAAGGAGCGCCAUGGACACAAACACCAUCAUGAGGAGCAUCACCACCACAAGGAGCAUCAUGAUCACAAGCAUGGUCACGGCCAUCAUCACGGUCACAAGCACAAGGAGAUCCACCAUGCCGAGCAUCAUCAUGAGCACCACCACAAGCACCAUCAUGAUCAUGGCCACCGCCAUUCUCAUGGCCACAAGCACGGUCACGGUCAUCACCACGGUCAUCAUCACGGUCAUCACCAUGGCCAUGUCCACGAUCAUAAGGAGCACCACGGCCACCAUCACGGCCACCACCAUGGUCAUCAUCACGGACAUCACCACGGCCAUCACCACGGUCAUGAGCAUCACAACAAGCAUCAUCACGGCCACCAUCACGGUCACGAUCAUGGUCAUCACCACGGUCACAAGCAUGGUCACGAUCAUGGUCAUCACCAUGGCCAUCAUCACGGCCAUAAGCACGGCCAUCAUCACGGCCAUCAUCACGGUCAUGGGCAUCACCACGGUCAUCUGCACGGCCACGGUCACGAGCAUCACCACGGCCACCUUCACGGACAUAGCCACGGUCAUGAGCAUCAUCACGGUCAUCAUCACGGCCACCACCAUGGCCACCACCACGGUCAUCAUCACCUGGGUCAUCACGACCACCAUGACAGCCAUCAUCAUGGUCACUCCCAUCAUGCCCGCGGCCUGGAAAAUGGUCACAAGCAUAAACACCACGGACAUCAUAACCACGAUGAGCACCAUAAGCAUCGCCAUCACGAGCUCCACGGCCACCGCCACGGUCACGGACACCGUCACGGCCAUCUUCACAAUGAGCUCCACGGCCAUCGCCACGGACAUCACCACGGCCACCACCACAACGAGCACCACAGGCACGGCCACGGACACCGUCACGGUCAUCACCACGAUGAGCUCCAUAGGCACCGCCAUGGACACCACCACGGCCAUCAUCACGAGGAGCAUCACAGGCAUCACAACCACCAUAACCACCGCCACGGCCAUCAUCACGGCCACCACCACGAGCAUGAUCAUGACCACCAUCACAGGCACCGCCAUACUCACUCUGAGUAUCAUCACCACGGCCACCACCACGGCCACCACCAUGGCCACCACCAUGGUCAUCACCACGGUCACCACCACGGUCAUCAUCACGGACAUCAUCACGGGCAUCAUCACGGACAUCACGGCCACCACUUUGGUCAUCAUCAUCAUGAAGCCCCACUACGAUGUCGUAUACAACGAGCGUGUUGAGAACAUCAAGGCUACUGCUAGCAAGGUGACCCUGGAUAAGCUCUUCAAGGGUGACAAUAAGCAUCACCACGACCACCACGACAAGCAUCACGGCCACGUCCACCACGAUCAUCAUGGCAAGCACCACGAGCAUCACGGCAAGCACUACGAGCAUCACGGUAAGCAUCAUGAGCACGGCAAGCACCACGAACACCAUGGCAAGCAUCACUACAACAAACACCACGGCCACCACCACCACGACACCACCAAGAUCGAGGACCUUGACAACGCUGCCAGCAAGUUGCUGAAGCUUUUCCGGGGAGAGCACAAGCACCACCAUGGCCACCAUGAUCACCACAAGCAUCACCGCCACCAGGCUCACCACAACAAGCACCACAACAAGCAUUACGACCACCAUGACCAUAAGCACCACGGCCACCACAUCGAACAUGCUCACCUCGCUGAUCUGGCUAACCGCCAUCACGGUCAUCACGAUCAUCACGGUAAGCAUCACGAGCAUCACGGCCACCACGGUUAUCAUCACGAUCACCACGGUCAUCACGAUCAUCACAAGCACCAUAACCACCACGCUCAUCAUUAUGGUCACUACGAUCAUCAUGGUAAGCAUCAUGAGCAUCACGGUCAUCACGGCCACCACGAGCAUGGUCAUCACGGUCAUCACUAUGGUCACCACAGCAAGCGCAACACUCUUCGCAACGCUCUCAAGGCUAACGCCAACGAGCUCGCCGGUGUCACCAGCGUCAACGACCCCAAGCUUGACAGGUAUGUCCAGAGGGCUGAGGAGGCCGUUGGUCAGACCAUCAGGAAGGCUGUCGAUGAGCUUGACGACCCCAGCGAUGCCAGGGUUGACAAGUACGUUGAGAAGGCCGAGGCUGCUGUCGGUAACAGCAUCAGGAAGGCCGUCGUUGAUAUCUUCAGUGACCCCAAGAAGGUCAAGGCUGCUCUGACUGCUGCCUCUGCCCAGGCUGCCGAUCCCGUUGUUGUUGACCUCAAUGACGUCGCCGCUGGAACCAGCCGCCGCAACAAGAAGAUCAAGCAUGUCAAGAUUGACAAGCGUGAGCCUAGCUCCAGCUCUGUCUACAGCGAUGCCAAGGUCGAGAAGACUGUUGAGAAGGCUGUCGAGAAGGCCGCUGCCAAGAUUGUUGAGAACCUGGAUGGAACCCACGGCCACAAGUCGCAUUCCCACCACACUCAUCAUCACCCCAAGCGAAGCGUCAAGUUCUACAACGGCUACCAGCGCGACUGCGAGGGCAAGGUCAAGAAGGCCUACGCUAUUGACGGCCGCUACGCUCACCCCCUGAGGAAGCUCUCCUACAACUCGCACCCCAACACUUGCCACAAGCACGACGGCCACUACCUCCGCUACCAGUAUGAGGACCUCAAGUCGUCCGUCUCUGGCAAGCUGAUUGGCGGUCACGACUACGACAAGCACGACAGGCACCACAAGUACGGCAAGUACUACAUCGAGCUCGUCAAGAAGGAGCAUCACAACGAGAUCAUCGUCUCUCUCGAUCUCAAGGACAACUACGAGUACACCGCCACCAAGGCCGCCGUCUUUGUCGGCUGCGACGGCGGACGUGACUCGUAUGACGGUCACAACAUCUGCCACCACAAGAGCUAUCCUUACCAGGCUAUCGAGGAGAAGGGCCUCAACGAGUUCUCGUUUGCCAUCAAGGACAAGUACCAGUGCCGUGGCGACUACUACAUCGGCAUCUUUGUCGAGCUUUGCGACAAGAACGGCGACUGCCACUCUUGCAGCAAGGGCCGAUACAACUACUAA